AUGUCAUCUAAUGAACAAAAUUUUCAUUUGGGUACACAAGCUGGUUAUAUUAGCCAAGAAGAUGGAGCAUUUAGUGAACGAGGAGGAGAGAAGAAACUUGUUAAUAACGAUGGAAAAGAAAUUUUACUUAAAAUACAAAAAGAAAAAGAUGAACGUCUUUCUCAUGAUAAAGCAGGUCUCAUCAGCAUGUCGAUAUACGAUUGUACAACUAGAUUUUUUAUAACAUUAAGUAUUCGAAAAGUUUAUGAAUUUAAUCCUGGUCAAAUUUGUGGUGAUGGUGGUACUGGUGAUAUUGUUUAUCAUGAUCAAGAUGAUAUUGCUGGUGAACCAAAGGAUACAGUCCUAGUCUAUGCUUGCGGCGAAAGAUAA